CUGAAGAUGCUCCUACUCUUUACUGCACCUCUUCUUUAUUCAACUCUAGGCUUCCCUAUUCAGGAGUACGAUGGAUAUGAAGAUGCAAAUUUUACUGCUUAUCCUACGACAAGUGACGUGACCCCUUCUAGUGACAUCUUACAAUCCACUCAAGAAGUGGAGCUGGCUGCAGUGACGGACACAGAAGAAGAUGUUUUUAACCGAAUUUUGAAAGCUAACGCAAACAGCACCGAGCACUUGCGUGAAGGUGAUAUUGUUAUGACAAGGAGCCGAAGUGCUAUUGGCUGUUCGGGUCGCCCAUGUUUUUGGACCCAGUCUAGUGAUGGAAUUGUCCGUGUCCCUUAUAUCUUCUCGACCGACUAUGAUGAGGCACAAAUGCAGAGGUUUAGUGAAGCCAUGGCAGAGUUUGAAACUCUAACUUGUAUUGAUUUUGUGAAUCGCACCACAGAACUGGACUAUCUAAAUAUUAAGUCAGGGAAAGGCUGCUGGUCCCACUAUGGAAAGAUUGGAGGUGGGCAGAUUGUAUCUGUGAUGAAACAAGGCUGUAUGUGGAAAGGGAUAAUUCAGCAUGAGCUGAACCAUGCACUGGGCUUUCUACAUGAACAGGCUCGAAGUGACAGAGACAAUUAUAUAAAGAUCAUGUGGGAGUACAUUAGUUCAGGUAAUGAAGGCAACUUUAAGAAAAUCGAGAACUCCAACAACCUGGGCCUUCAGUAUGACUAUUCCUCAGUGAUGCACUAUGGCACAAAUGCUUUUUCUAACACGCCUGGGAAAGCAACAAUUGUGCCAAUUCCUGAUGCCUCUGUACCUGUUGGGCAGAGAUAUGGACUGAGUAACCUGGAUGUGGCCAAAAUCAACAAGCUCUACAACUGCAAUCGCUGCAGCACCAUCCUUGAUAGCCCAUCUGGGUCACUGAGCUCUGAAAGCUACCAGUCAAAGAACUCAGGCAAUGCUACCUGUUUUAGUCUCAUCCGAAUCCCAUCCAAAAGGGUUUCUUUGCAGUUUGAUGCCUUUAAUCUGCAAACCUCCAAAGACUGUAAAACUGAGUAUAUAAAAAUAUAUGAUGGAGUCAGCCAGUCUUCUGAGGUUCUACUGAACAAGACUUGUGGGACAGAGAGUCCCCCAACAAUAACAGCUUCUGGCAAAAACAUGCUUGUGGAGUUUGUCAGAGGCGGCACUGGUGCAGCCACCGGCUUCAAGGCUUCCUACACCUCUGUAAAGACACCACGUGCCACAUGAGAAGAUCGGCAUAGACUCUGAAAGGAAGAAUUUAUUCUGUGAAUAUAUAAAUUAUGGCUUUGCUAUUUUGCUUCCUUUCCUGCUAUAAUCAAAAGGAAAUUUUUAUUCUUUAUGAAUCAAACUCUCCAGGUUCUCUAGCAAGUGUGCUCCCUGAUUCUAGAGUAUAUGGGAAUUUUAUGUCCUCUGUAUCCCCUUUUGUGUCACAUAAGAUCAGUCCUCGACACGAGCAUAUAAAGUUAUUGUCUGCACAGUUAAAUUAUUGUCUCCUUUUAUUUAACUAAUGAUAUUUUAAUAAAAUCUUCUUUUAAAAAA